AUGGGCUAUCUCGAGGACUUCGACGACCGACAAAUUCACCAAGACGCCGAGAAAGAGGAAUACCAUCCGUAUGAGUACCAGGCGGACAACAAUGACUCGUGGGCUGGUGCCCUGCCGGUGAAGCAGGGUCUGUAUGACCCGUCUUACGAAAAGGAUGCUUGUGGUGUAGGCUUUGCUUGCCACAUCAAGGGCAAGCCUAGCCACAAGAUUGUCAGCGAUGCACGAAACCUCCUGUGCAACAUGACCCAUCGUGGUGCUGUGGGAUCCGACGCCCGAGAUGGUGACGGUGCUGGUGUGAUGACAUCCAUCCCACACAAGUUCUUCAUCAAGAACUUCGAGAGAGAGGAGAACAUUAAGCUGCCUCCUCUGGGUCAGUAUGCUGUUGGAAACCUGUUCUUCAAGCCCGACGAAGAGACUUUCGAAGAGUCCAAGAGGCAACUGGAAGAUGUUGCUGAAUCGUUGGGUCUGCGGGUUUUGGGAUGGCGACGGCCUCCUGUUGAUUCCAGCUUGCUUGGUCCCGCGGCCAAGUCCCGCGAGCCCAUCAUUGCUCAGCCCUUCGUUGUCCUUGCCUCAGCAUACGGCACCGGCAAUGCCCCCGAGGUCACCGACCCGGCCCAGUUCAACGAGCGACACUUUGAGCGACAGCUCUAUGUGCUCCGGAAACGCGCCACGCACACCAUCGGCCUCCACAACUGGUUCUACCUGUGCUCUUUGUCAAACAAGAACAUCGUGUACAAGGGUCAGCUUGCCCCUGUGCAGGUUUACUCUUACUACCACGAUCUGGUCAACGCCGACUACGAGGCUCACUUUGCUCUCGUUCACUCGCGUUUCUCCACAAACACAUUCCCCUCUUGGGAUCGUGCUCAGCCGCUGCGCUGGGCUGCCCACAACGGUGAAAUCAACACGCUGCGAGGCAACAAGAACUGGAUGCGCGCCCGUGAGGGUGUCAUGCAGUCGGACAUUUUCAAGGAGGAGCUGGAAAUGAUGUACCCCAUUGUUGAGGACGGCGGUUCCGAUUCCGCUGCCUUUGACAACGUCCUCGAGCUGCUCACCAUCAACGGAGUGCUCUCUUUGCCCGAGGCCGUCAUGCUCAUGGUUCCCGAAGCUUGGCAGGGCAACGAGACCAUGGACCCCAAGAAAGCUGCCUUCUACGAAUGGGCUGCUUGCCAGAUGGAGCCUUGGGAUGGCCCCGCCCUCUUCACCUUUGCUGAUGGCCGCUACUGCGGUGCCAACCUCGACCGAAACGGUCUGCGACCUUGCCGAUUCUACGUCAUGGACGAUGACCGCAUCAUCUGCGCCUCUGAAGUCGGUACCAUUCCCGUCGAGCCCGAGUCUGUCAUCCAAAAGGGCAGAUUGCAGCCCGGUAGGAUGCUGCUGGUCGACACCCUGGCCGGACGAAUCAUUGACGAUGCUGAGCUCAAGUCUGCCAUUGCAGACCGAUGCGACUUCCGCGCAUGGCUUGACAGCGAGCUCAUCACCAUGCCCAAGGUUCUGGAGGCCCUGGAGGCCAAGCUUGAUCUGUCUGCCAAGCCCGACGAGGCUCGCUUCCAAGAGGACCCCCUGAUGCUCGCUUUUGGCUACACCCACGAGCAGGUCAGCUUGCUGCUUGCCCCCAUGGCCGCCGACGAAAAGGAGGCUUUGGGCUCCAUGGGCAACGACGCUCCCCUGGCAUGCUUGACUGAUUCGCCCCGUCUCCUCUACGAAUACUUCCGACAGCUCUUUGCCCAGGUCACCAACCCGCCCAUUGAUCCCAUCAGAGAGUCCAUUGUCAUGUCACUGGAGUGCUACGUUGGGCCUCAGGGUAACCUGCUCGAGAUGGAUGCUUCUCAGUGUGGCCGCCUCCUCCUCCCCAGCCCCAUCCUGUCCAUUCCCGAGUUCAAUGCCAUCAAGAACAUGUCAACCCUUUACCCCGAGUGGACUGUCAAGACGAUCGACCUCACAUACCCCAAGUCCGAGGGAGUUGAAGGCUACCUGAAGCAUCUGGAUGUAAUCUGCAAGGAGGCCACCGCGGCCAUUGAGGCUCGCGACCGCAUCAUUGUCUUGUCUGACCGAGGAACAUCUGCCGAUCGUGUUGCCGUGUCUGCUCUGCUGGCCUCUGGUAUGGUCCACCACCACCUCGUCAGCAACAAGUGGCGAUCAAUGGCCGCGCUGGUUGUCGAGACCGCCGAAGCUCGCGAGGUCCACCACAUGUGCGUUCUGCUCGGCUACGGUGCAGACGCCAUCAACCCUUACCUCGCCAUGGAGUGCAUUCUCAAGCUUAGCAAGGAGGGUCUUCUUAAGAAGAAGCUGUCGGACGAUGAGCUCAUUCGCAACUACAAGCACUCUUGCGAUGGUGGCAUUCUGAAGGUUAUGAGCAAGAUGGGUAUCUCUACUCUGGCUUCUUACAAGGGUGCUCAGAUCUUUGAAGCUCUUGGCCUUGACGAGUCGGUCGUUGAGAGGUGCUUCAGGGGUACGGCUUCCCGUAUUCAGGGUCUUACCUUUGAGCUCAUCGCCGAAGAUGCCUUCCGAUUCCACGAGCUUGGCUUCCCUUCGCGCUACACUGUUGGCAUCAAGGCUCUUCCCGAGUCCGGUGAAUACCACUGGCGUGACGGCGGCGAGGCCCACGUCAACGACCCAACCGCUAUCGCUAACCUGCAAGAUGCAGUUCGCGCCAAGAACGACAAGUCGUACGAGGCCUACUCUCGAAGCGAGUACGAGCAGAUCAAGUCUUGCACGCUGCGUGGCCUGCUCGACUUCAAGUUCGAUGAGUGCAAGCCGGUGCCCAUUGACCAGGUCGAGCCAUGGACCGACAUCGUCCGACGCUUCUGCACAGGCGCCAUGUCGUACGGCUCCAUCUCCAUGGAGUCUCACUCUACGCUCGCCGUCGCCAUGAACCGACUGGGCGGCAAGUCCAACACCGGUGAAGGUGGUGAGGAUCCCGAGCGAUCCGAGCGACUUGCGAACGGCGAUACCAUGCGCUCUGCCAUCAAGCAGGUCGCCUCUGGACGAUUCGGUGUCACGUCUGCCUAUCUCGCUGACUCUGACGAGCUCCAGAUCAAGAUGGCACAGGGUGCCAAGCCUGGUGAGGGUGGUGAGCUGCCCGGCCACAAGGUCUCCAAGUCUAUUGCUCGUACUCGACACUCGACUCCCGGCGUCGGUCUCAUCUCGCCUCCGCCUCACCACGACAUCUACUCCAUCGAGGAUCUCAAGCAGCUGAUCUACGACUUGAAGUGCUCGAGCCCUCGCUCCCGCGUGUCUGUCAAGCUUGUGUCUGAGGUCGGUGUCGGCAUCGUUGCCUCUGGUGUGGCCAAGGCCAAGGCUGAUCACAUCCUCAUCUCUGGCCACGACGGUGGUACCGGUGCUUCCCGAUGGACUGGUAUCAAGUACGCUGGUCUUCCCUGGGAGCUGGGUCUUGCCGAGACUCACCAGACUCUGGUUCUCAACGACCUGCGUGGCCGUGUCGUGGUGCAGACUGACGGUCAGCUCCGAACCGGCCGAGAUGUUGCCAUCGCCUGUUUGCUCGGUGCUGAGGAGUGGGGUUUUGCUACUGCUCCCUUGAUUGCCAUGGGCUGUAUCAUGAUGCGCAAAUGCCAUCUGAACACCUGCCCCGUUGGUAUCGCUACCCAGGACCCUGAGCUGCGCAAGAAGUUCACUGGUACCCCCGAGCACGUCAUCAACUUCUUCUACUACGUCGCCAACGAGCUUCGAGCCAUCAUGGCCAAGCUGGGCUUCCGAACCAUCAACGAGAUGGUUGGCCGUGUCGAGGUCCUCAAGAUGCGCGAGGACUUGCGCACCAAGAAGACUGCCAACAUUGACCUGUCUCUCCUGCUGACACCAGCCCACAGACUCCGGCCUGGCGUCGCUACUUUCAACGUCCGCAAGCAGGACCACAAGCUCUACGUCCGAUUGGACAACAAGCUGAUUUCGGAGGCUGAGUUGACUCUCGACAAGGGACUCCCGUCUCGAAUUGAGUGCGACAUUGUCAACACUGAUCGUGCCAUGGGCACUUCGCUGUCGUACCAGAUCUCCAAGAGAUAUGGUGGCGAGGGUCUUCCGCUUGACACUGUUCACGUCAACAUCAAGGGCUCUGCCGGCCAGUCCUUCGGUGCGUUCCUCGCGCCAGGUGUUACUCUCGAACUGGAGGGUGAUUCCAACGACUAUGUCGGCAAAGGCUUGUCUGGUGGUCGUCUGAUUGUCUACCCUCCUCGUUCUGCCGUGUUCAAGGCUGAAGAGAACAUCCUGAUCGGCAACGUCUGCUUGUACGGAGCGACAAGUGGUAUUUGCUACUUCCGUGGUGUCGCUGCCGAGCGAUUCGCCGUCCGCAACUCCGGCGCCACGGCCGUUGUCGAGGGUGUCGGUGACCACGGUUGCGAGUACAUGACUGGUGGACGAGUUGUCAUCUUGGGCAGCACUGGCCGCAACUUCGCUGCGGGCAUGUCCGGCGGUAUUGCGUACGUGCUGGACAUUAACAAGGACUUCGUCUCCAAGCUCAACACCGAGAUGGUUGAGUACGGUCCCCUUACGGACCCCGUUGAGAUUGCCUACGUUCGCGGUCUCAUUGAAGACCACCACCACUACACGGGCUCUGAGCGGGCGGCACGCAUCCUGGUCGACUUCAACCGUGCCCUGCCUCGAUUCGUCAAGGUCCUUCCUACGGACUACAAGCGUGUGCUCGAGGAGGAGGCUGCCAAGGCUGCCGAGGCCAAGCGUGCCGAGUAUAACCUGCCUGUUAUCUCUGGGGUACACUCCAAGAAGGAGGACAAGGCUGCUAAGCUCCAGGAUAUGGAGGAAGCCAUUGGCGACAGCUCGGCCGAGAAGAAGAAGAGGGCUCUGGUGCUCGACAAGACCAAGGGCUUCAUGAAGUACGCCCGCCGUACCGAAAAGUACCGCUCUGUCAACACCAGAAUCAAGGACUGGGCCGAGAUCAGCUCCCGUCUCGAUGAGGACGAGCUCAAGUACCAGUCUGCCCGUUGCAUGGACUGCGGUGUCCCCUUCUGUCAGUCAGAUACCGGCUGCCCCAUCUCCAACAUCAUCCCCAAGUGGAACGAACUUGUCUUCCAGAACCAGUGGAAGGACGCGCUCAACCGUCUGCUCAUGACCAACAACUUCCCCGAGUUCACCGGCCGUGUCUGCCCCGCCCCCUGUGAGGGAGCUUGCGUGCUGGGUAUCAACAGCGACCCUGUCGGUAUCAAGUCAAUUGAGUGUGCCAUCAUCGACCGUGGUUUUGAGAUGGGCUGGAUGGUGCCUCGGAUCCCCGAGGUCCGCACUGGUAAGAAGAUUGCCAUUAUCGGAUCCGGUCCCGCUGGUCUGGCCUGUGCUGACCAGCUCAACCGAGCUGGCCACACCGUGACCGUGUAUGAGCGCGCCGACCGCCUGGGUGGCCUCUUGAUGUACGGCAUCCCGAACAUGAAGCUGGACAAGCGUAUCGUCAAGCGCCGAACCGACUUCAUGGCCGCUGAGGGCAUCAACUUCAAGACAGGCGUGGCCAUUGGUGCCGAGGGCCAGCCGUCGCUGAAGGACCUCAAGGCCAGCCACGACGCCGUCGUCAUUGCCACAGGUGCCACCGUUGCCCGCGAUCUCCCCAUCAAGGGACGCAACCUGGAGGGCAUCCACUAUGCCAUGGAGUUCCUGCACAAGAACACCAAGUCCCUGCUCGACUCUCAGCUUGCGGACAACUCGUACAUCUCGGCCAAGGGCAAGCACGUCGUCGUUAUCGGCGGUGGCGAUACCGGCAACGACUGUAUCGGUACUUCGGUCCGCCACGGUGCCAAGUCCGUGACCAACUUUGAGCUGCUGCCUCAGCCUCCUGAUGAGCGUGCCAGCGACAACCCUUGGCCCCAGUGGCCCCGAAUCUACCGCGUCGACUACGGCCACACGGAGGUUCGCCAGCACGACGGCAAGGAUCCUCGAGAGUACUGCAUCAUGUCCGAGGAGUUUGUCGACGACGGCAGUGGCAAGGUCAAGGGCAUCAACACCGUCCGUGUCGAGUGGACAAAGAACCCCAGCGGCGGUUGGGACAUGAAGAAGGUUGAGGGCUCCGAGCAAUUCUUCCCUGCCGACCUCGUCCUGUUGGCCAUGGGCUUCCUGGGACCCGAGGCUCGCGUUCUCGGAGACGAGAUUGAGAAGGACGCUCGCAAGAACGUCAAGACGGCGCCUGGCAAGUACAGCACCAAUGUGGAGGGCGUGUUUGCUGCGGGUGAUGCUCGCCGCGGCCAGUCUCUCAUCGUUUGGGGCAUCAACGAGGGUCGCAUGGCGGCUCGUGAGGUUGAUUUGUACCUGGAGAACUGCACCAACUUGCCGGUGACGGGUGGUAUUGUCAAGCGGACCGCGCAGGAGAUUUUCACCAGGAUUGCCGCAGCGCACUAA